AUUUCGUCGGGAAAUUUGCUCGCGGUCGGAUUCCAUAGUGUGUCAGCAAUUUUGGACUCUGGAUUCUCCAGCCAUUGGAAACAAUCUUCUGGAAACUCGGCGUGCGGCACAUCGGCAAGAGCAAAUCGAGGCGAACCAUCACGGCAUUGUUCCUGACAACCUAAUAAUAAAAGGGCCAUCCCCAAAACACCACAACCGGCAACAAGAUGUCCGCCAAAGCGAUACGCGAAGCCACCGGUAAAGAUAUCAUCAACCGCCUGCUCGAGGGCGACCAUGGAACGGCCAAGUGCCGGUUCGCGACCGUUACCGAAACGACACAGUGGCAGCAGUUGGUGCAGGACAAUCCUUGGCUGGAGACCUCGCCUCUCGUUGUUAAGCCGGACCAGCUGAUCAAGCGCCGUGGAAAACUCGGACUGAUCGCAGUGAACAAAAACCUGACCCAGGUGAAAGCAUGGAUCGCCGAGCGCAUGGGCAAGGAUCAGAAGAUUGGCAAUGCCAACGGAAAGCUACGAAACUUUAUCAUCGAACCGUUCGUGCCACACAAAGAUAACGAGGAAGCGUACGUGUGCAUCUACUCACACCGGACGGCAGACACUAUACUGUUUUACCACCAGGGUGGUGUCGAUAUUGGCGAUGUCGAUUCGAAGGCGCUCAAGUUGGACGUACCUGUUGGAAAAGAUGUCAGUCUGGAAGACAUACAAAAUGUUUUGCUAACCGAAAUCUCCUCCGCUAAAAAGCAGAGGGUGGCCAACUUUGUGUUUAAUCUGUAUCGAUUGUAUGUGGAUUUACACUUCACCUACCUGGAGAUCAACCCGCUGGUCGUCACGAGCGAUUCCAUCUACAUUCUCGAUCUGGCCGCCAAGCUGGACGCGACGGCCGACUUCAUUUGCCGCCCAAAGUGGGGUGAAAUCGAUUAUCCACCACCGUUCGGGCGUGAUGCAUUCCCGGAGGAGGCGUACAUUGCUGAUCUGGACGCCAAGAGUGGUGCCUCACUGAAGUUGACCAUCCUGAACCGUAAUGGACGCAUUUGGACGAUGGUGGCGGGUGGUGGAGCUAGUGUGAUCUACUCCGAUACGAUCUGCGAUCUGGACGGAGCGAACGAGCUGGCCAACUAUGGCGAGUACAGUGGCGCACCGUCCGAACAGCAGACGUACGAGUAUGCGAAAACGAUCCUAGGUUUGAUGACCAGCAGCCCGAAGCAUCCGGAUGGGAAGGUGCUUAUCACCGGAGGUGGUAUCGCUAACUUCACCAAUGUGGCCGCCACGUUCAGCGGCAUCAUUACGGCGCUACGCGAGUACCAGCAGAAGCUGAUCGACCACAGUGUGUCUAUCUUUGUACGCCGCGCUGGCCCGAACUAUCAGGAGGGUUUGCGCAAGAUGCGUGAGAUUGGUAGCAGUCUAGGCAUUCCACUAUACGUGUUUGGUCCGGAAACCCACAUGACGGCCAUCUGCGGCAUGGCUUUGGGCAAGAAACCGAUCCCGAAGAGCUGCAACGUACACUUUGCCACGGCAAACUUCCUGCUGCCUGGUGGCCAGCAGGCGGCCGAAUCGUCCAAGAAGUCAUCCACUGGCAGCCAGGAUGCCGUCAACGCAGCUAGUGGUAGUGGUGGCGUUAGUAAGAAACUUACCUCACCCGUCGCUACUUCCCCGGUAGGCGGAGCUGGUGGAGCGGUGCGCUUCUCGCAGACCGGCAUGGGAUCGGAAGAGUAUCGUCAGAUGUUUACCAACCGGACGAAGGCACUCGUUUGGGGCAUGCAGACCCGUGCCGUGCAAUCGAUGCUGGAUUUCGACUUUAUCUGUCGCCGAGACGAGCCGUCGGUGGUGGCCAUGGUGUACCCGUUCACCGGCUACCAUAAGCAGAAGUUCUACUGGGGCCACAAGGAAGUGCUGAUCCCGGUGUACUCGAAGAUGUCGGAAGCCAUCAACAAGCACAAGGAGGCGGACGUGCUGGUGAACUUUGCCUCGCUGCGAUCGGCCUACGAUAGCUCGAUGGAGGUGCUGGACUACCCGCAGAUCCGCACGAUUGCGAUCAUCGCCGAGGGAAUCCCGGAGAAUCUGACGCGCAAACUGAACAUGGCCGCCAAGGAGCGCAAGGUGUCGAUCAUCGGACCGGCGACGGUCGGUGGGGUGAAGCCGGGCUGCUUCAAGAUCGGAAACACGGGCGGCAUGCUCGACAACAUCAUACAUUCCAAGCUGUACCGGGCGGGCAGCGUGGCGUACGUGUCGCGCUCGGGUGGCAUGUCGAACGAGUUGAACAACAUCGUCUCGCUGACGACGGACGGCGUGUACGAGGGCGUGGCUAUCGGUGGUGACCGCUACCCGGGCACCACGUUCAUGGAUCACAUUCUGCGCUAUCAGGCCGAUCCGGCCGCCAAGAUGAUUGUGCUGCUGGGUGAGGUCGGUGGUGUCGAGGAGUACGAAGUGUGCGAAGCAUUGAAGGAUGGCCGUAUCACGAAGCCACUGAUUGCCUGGUGCAUCGGCACUUGCGCCGGCAUGUUCACGUCCGAGGUGCAGUUCGGCCACGCCGGUUCUUGCGCCAACUCGGACCGCGAGACGGCAUCCGCCAAGAACGCGAGCCUGGCCGAGGCGGGCGCACACGUGCCGGACUCGUUCGAUACGCUCGGCGAUCUGAUUGGCUCCGUGUACGAGAACAUGGUCAAGGAGGGCCACAUUGUGCCGGCGGAAGAGGUUCCGGCACCGACCGUACCGAUGGACUACUCGUGGGCUCGCGAGCUGGGCCUGAUUCGCAAGCCGGCCUCCUUCAUGACGUCGAUCUGCGACGAGCGAGGCCAGGAGCUGCUGUACGCUGGCAUGCCGAUCAGCGACGUGCUGCAGAAGAACGUCGGCAUCGGGGGUGUCGUGUCGCUGCUCUGGUUCCAGCGCUGCCUGCCACCGUACGUUUGCAAGUUCUUCGAGAUGUGUCUGAUGGUCACGGCCGACCACGGACCGGCCGUAUCCGGCGCGCACAAUACCAUCGUGUGCGCCCGUGCCGGAAAGGAUCUGGUGUCGUCGGUGGUGAGCGGUCUGCUCACGAUUGGUGACCGGUUCGGCGGUGCACUCGACGGUGCGGCGAAGCAGUUUUCCGAAGCGUACGACUCCAAUCUUCACCCGAUGGAGUUCGUCAACUCCAUGCGCAAGAAGGGACAACUGAUCAUGGGCAUCGGUCAUCGAGUGAAAUCCAUCAACAAUCCGGAUGUGCGGGUGAAAAUAAUCAAGGAGUUUGUUAUGCAAAACUUCCCGGCCUAUCCGCUGCUGGAGUACGCGCUGGAGGUUGAGAAGAUCACCACCAGCAAGAAACCGAACCUCAUCCUGAACGUCGAUGGUGUCAUUGCGACCUGCUUCGUAGAUAUGCUACGGAACUGUGGCUCAUUCACGAGUGAUGAAGCCCAGGAAUACAUCAACAUCGGUGCAAUCAACUCACUGUUUGUGCUUGGUCGCAGCAUUGGCUUCAUCGGCCACUACAUGGACCAGAAGCGGCUCAAGCAGGGUCUCUACCGUCACCCGUGGGAUGACAUCUCGUACGUACUACCUGAGCAGUACAACUAAACAGUCCUGCCACUCACCGCCACUCUGCAACGGAGGGGCGAACCGGGCGGAGUGGACGACAACACGUAUAUGCACAACCGCGCGACCCAGCAAAGCAAUCGUUUGAUGAGCGUUAGGGUGAGAGUAGAAUUAGGAGAAAUUGUGACGGCAAAAAAGAAGAAUAUUUGGCCGUAAGGAACCGGUGCCCCCGGAUUCUGCUGAUUCAAAGGACGGUCCGUCAGCAAAGCGACGAACAACGCCGUAGUGAUUGCGCGAAGGGGAUAGCAAAACACUAACGUAACGUGAGAAGGCACACGUUUGGGACGACUACUAUUUUCUUUCCAUAUUUCCCUUUCCCCUAUUAUAUUGGUAACUAAUCAUACAUGAAUCUCCUUCUCUACCAUCGGCGAAAAAAAGAAGAGCUUUCAUUCUCGCAGAUCCAAUGUGUCGUUGGUUUCCGAUGUAUGUACACUUGUUGAUGUAUAAAUUUUAACAAUUCAACAACAAUGCAUUUAAAGAAGGUUCUGUGUAGCUCAAUGGCUCAAUGUUAUUGUGUGCAGAAUGCUGCUGAUCAAUGAUCGCGAUUCAAUUUUUCCUCUAUCUUUCGCUUUGUGAUGAAAAUGAACAAUAAGGAAACCUAAAUUCCUUCCGGCAACGAGCAAGAGAACAGUAAAUUAUAGAAAAGAAAAGGAAAGAGUUUGGAAUGAAAACAAAAAAACACAAACAUACAUACGCAAACACUCGACGCAGCGUCGAUAUACAUUGCGAUCACAUUUAGAUCAUACAAAACUUUGUGUAGCGUUACGAUAAGAGAGAAAAACAAAACCCUAGGUGACAGUGUGGAGUGGGAAAAAUUCAUCAGACAUUUAAUUUAUUUAAUACCCUCUUCUAUACACGUUUCGACUUCUAUUUUCAAUCGAACGAGACCGCGUUUUGUGGCGAGCGAACGAGCAGCAUGGGAUGGAUCAUGUUUACCGGGAGCAUAUUAGCAUUAUGACUUAUACGAACGAAACAUCUGAAAGCGUGCGAGACGACGAGGAAAACGGUGACGCUAUAUUCCAUGAAUAUCAGAAAAUAUCGCUUCAAGGGCGGUUUCACUUGAUCAAACGCGGAGCAUUAUACGUACCUAUGUGUAGGCAAAAAUUGAAGGACGGUGUGCACCUUAUCAUUUCUGAUUCAGUUUAUUUUAAUUUGAAAUUCCUUUUUUAUUCAAAGUUUCAUUGCGGUUUUUGUUGCUAUAACUAUAAGUUUAUGUGGAUAUGUUUCUUCUAUGUUACUUGAAUGGAAAGGAGAGAUACAGCAUUUGUAGAGCGAAAGUA